AUGGCGUCUUCGAGUUUGAUUAGGGUUUCCAGGGCUAUCAUGGCGGCGACCAGAUCCUCCAGUUCCACCGGCGGAGCUGCUCUCUUAUCCUCGAAGGCCGCCACCAGUGCUGUUCCGAAGCCAAAGGCGAAGGCUAAGCCCAAGGAAGCAGGUGAUUCGACCAAGCCCAAAGCCACCCUCGGGAUUAUGAAGCCGACUCCGAUCUCUCCAGCUCUGGGUAGCUUCCUCGGCGUCAAGGAGUCCUCCCGGGCCGAAGCUGUCAAGCAGAUCUGGGCCCACAUCAAGCUCCACAAUCUGCAGAAUCCUGCCAACAAGAGGGAGAUUUACUGUGAUGACAAGCUAAAGGGGAUUUUUGAAGGGAGGGAAAAAGUGGGCUUUCUGGAAAUUGGGAAGCUGCUUUCGCGCCACUUUGUGAAGGCUGAAUGAAUGUCCAUUCGUGUUGCUUUGAUUUGAUGUAGUUUUAUGUUCACCAACUUUCGUUUGUGACCUUAUUUUGAGGAAGGGAAGGGCUUUCGUAAUUGAAAUUAGUUGGUCUGCCUUUUGGAUGUAUAGAAGGCACGUAGGAGAACAUGAUCCGUUUUAAAUUUAAUGGCGUGUUUUCCAAA